AUGUGUGCUUAUUGUGCAGAGAAAUUUACUUGGAAGAACGAUGAGUGUCGAGAGGAUGGCGAAGGAGUAAGAGUGGUCCACUCUUUAUUACGAUGCAGAUUUGAGUUUAUGUCACACUGUAAUUUGCAUUUUCUUGAUACUUUUGUGUUGUAUCAAAUGUGUUUAGUUCACUUUUUCGAUGACGUUGUUUGUUUUACUUUGUCGCAGAUGGUGAUACCCCUAUUGGAUACCGAGAGUGCUUCGCACUGGUUUGCAGCGAAUCUGACCAUGGAUAAUACAACAGUGGAAAUUAGGGACUCGUUGUAUUCUGCAAUGCAUGAGAGGUCACGUCGGAGUACCUGCCUAGAGAUGCUCCAGACUUUGGACCAAUUGUUUGCCUCUGUCAAGCCAGGAAACCUCAAUUUCAGCGAGUUUGUAAUUAUUUCUUCAGGCAAGGACUACCCACAACUCGAAAAUGGGCACGAUUGUGGAAUUUUUGUAAUGAAGUACAUGGAAUCACUAUUCGAGGAAAAUGAAAUAAUGGAAGAGUUUGAUCCUAUUGAAGCCAGACUGGAAUGUGUUAGGAAAAUUGUCACCCACGAGAGUAACAAGGCUAAACAUGCUGUGAUGGAGGGAGUUAAGAAGCAAUUUGGAUUGACCAAAACCAAAGUUCUUCCAUCAACAUCCAUAACUUUACCAGUACGUAGUCCAUCAAGGUCUCCUCGAGACCCCUGAUUCAGCACAGCGAAGCCCAGGUCCGAGAACAUGUGGACUGGGAAGAGCAAGUCUCCCAAAACCCGUCAUUCUAAAAGGCUGGCAUCAAGUAACAAGUAGUGUAUUUAGUACAAUGGUUACAAAAGUUAGGUUUUAGGUCAUAAAUUAUAUUUAGUUAUGUUAUAUAUUUGCAUCAUACUACUGUUAGGUGAUUUGAAAUUGUACUAAUGUUGGUGAUUUUAUAAGUUACUAUAGGGUAAGACUUGUGGAAGUUUUUGGAAUUUGGUGGAACCAAUUAUUAUUACUGUAUGGUCAUUAUUAUGGUGAUUAUUAUUACUGUUGUUAUC